GAGGUGAAUCAUGUUGUUUCCUAUGAGAAAUCUUUUGUCUCUCGGGAGGACGUUUCUGCCAUUUUGAACAGCAGUAGGCAACAGGAAAAUCAUGUUCAACAAUAUGCUUACCUGCUGCCACAGUUGAUUGAGUCAAUUAUGCCAUCUCAGCCAUUGGAUCAUCCAGUAUUGUCGAGGCAGGAGCUGACAGAAUUACAACAUGCUGAUCCUGUUCUGAGCAGACUGUUUUAUUUUGUGGAGCGCAAGCGUAGGCCAUCUAGGAGGGAGCGGAGUAAGGAAUCUCCUAGGGUACUUCGGUUUCUGAGACAUUGGAACAAACUAUCAGUCAGAAUGGGUUUGUUGUAUCGUGUGUCCAAGGAUGUCGUCUCCAAAAAUAAAACUUUUCAGUUUAUUGUGCCUGCUGCCCUUCGAGAUAAAGUGCUUAAGGGGGUACAUGAUGAAGCUGGACACCAGGGUCAACACAGGACACUCUACCUCACUAGACGUCGGUUUUACUGGCAAGGAAUGGAAAAAGAUGUGAGACAAUAUGUGCGAUGCUGCAGAAGAUGUGUAGUCAGUAAGUCACCAGAGCCUGAGGCAAGAGCUCCACUUGAGAGUAUUAGGACAUCAAGACCUCUUGAGCUUGUUUGUGUAGAUUUUUGGUCUGCCGAAGACUCCUCUAAUAAGUCUCUGGAUGUCUUGGUCGUGACGGACCAUUUUACCAAGCUGGCUCAGGCUUACCUCUGUCAUAACCAAUCGGCAAAGGCAGUAGCGAAACAGCUAUGGGACAACUUUUUCUGCAUCUACGGCUUCCCUGAGCGAGUACAUUCUGACCAGGGGGCCACUUUUGAAAGCAAUCUGAUUUCUGAAAUGCUUCAAAUUGCAGGUGUUCAAAAAUCCCAUACGACCCCUUACCACCCAAUGGGUAAUGGGGCGGUCGAGAGAUUUAACCGCACAUUAGGAAACAUGAUUCGUGCCUUGCCACCUAAAGCUAAGCACAGAUGGCCUCAAAUGUUGAAGUCGCUCACUUUUUGCUAUAAUGCAACGAUUCAUGAAACGACCAGUUAUCCUCCAUUCCAGUUGAUGUUCGGUAGAACUCCAAGGUUGCCUGUUGACAUGAUGUUUGACUCUGCACUUUUUGAUGAACAGGUGGUUGACUAUGACCGAUAUGUGCAGUCUUUCAGAGAUGAUCUUGCACAGGCUAUGAAACUGGCCCAAUGCUCUGCUUCUAAACAACAACAGAGGCAAGCAAACCUCUACAAUAAGAAGCUCAAAGGUGCUCCAGUGAAUGUUGGCGACAGGGUACUCCUGGCCAAUAAGGGAGAGCGUGGCAAGAGGAAGACUGCUGAUAGAUGGGAGAGUCACAUCUACAUAGUGACAGGAAUGAACCAUGAAGUCCAUACAUUUCGUAUCCGAAAUAGUGUGACUGGUACUGAAAAAGUUGUUCAUAGAAAUCUCAUUAUGCCAGUGAACUUCCUGCCUCUGCGAAAGGACAUGUCUGAUGAUGAUACUUGUAAGAAUUUCGCCUCAAGCAGCUCAAGUCUGUCUAUGAAUGGAAAUGUAGAGCUUGGUUUACCUGUUGAUGAGCUGGACGAGAGAACUGUGUCAUGGGUGUCUGAGCUCCCAGUUUCCCAAGACGCUGGCCCCUCUGAAUCUGAUUCUGUCCAGUUAAGUAUAGCUGACCAGCCUACUUCCUUAACUGUUUCAUGUGAUGCAGCCGACAGUAGAAAGACAAUUGAGACUGACUGCAGGUCUUUGACACAUGAAACUGACGAUGACAAUAACAUCGUUCAGGCUGAUGAAGGUGUAAAUACUGAUACUUUAGCCGCUGACCAUUUACAGCGAUAUUCCAGAGCACUUUCCGGUCAGGGUGGGUCACUGACAGUCAGAACCAGAUGUGGGAGGGUGGUUAAACCAGUCAUUAGACUGAUUCAGAAUAUGCAUCAGAAGGUUUUGUCUGGGUUGUAGUAUUUUUUUGUUUGUUUUUGUUGUUUUUUUUUGUUUUUUUUUUCCUCUGGUACGGUCGUUUCUGUAUAUAAAACUGAUUAACUACGAGGGUAAAAUUGUGAUUGAAUUGAGAUGUAUUAAAUAUUUGUGAUUUAUGGUACCUUGUGAGGAGGAAGAGUAUUUAAAGAGUGAAUCCGGAGAUGGAUAAGCUCUUAUGAAAUACUGUGCAAAAAUGAACACUAAGAGUAUGUAAUGUGUAACAGGCAUGUUAUUCCUGUGAGUGUUUAGAGGCUUUGCAACCCUCUUGCAUUUCUAAUUCUGAAAAGAAUAGUCUUAAGACUGGAGAAUUAAGUGUUUCAUGUGACAUUCAGUAUGAUCAUUUGGUACCAUGGUACAAAUUAUUUUUCUCCCUUUUAUUGUUAUUAUUUUUUUUUAUUUCCUUGUAUUGUUCUCUCAUAUUUGGUAUAUGUACCUGUUUUUGUUCUUGGGUGACUGCAGCAUUUUGUUUUUAUGUUGUGCUCUUUUAUUUUGUCAUGUGCAAGUGGAAGUCAGCAGAGGGGAAUGUAGCAGUUGUGUAUUUAGGAAAUUAUUUUGUGAUUCCACUUGCCAUGACCAUAUUUGGGGUUUCCUGCCGCCAUGCUGACUUGGGGGGUUGGCGCACUUUGCUGCUUACCAGUCUGCAUGAGAUGACACAGCGGUAGGUCACGCAGGUUUUUGCAGCGAGUCAAUUAGGGCCAUAUUUCAUGUAACAGAUUAAUUCAAAUGAUAUAUCUGUAUGAUUGUGAUCUAAAGCCCCUCUGUAAUGCGCAGCCACAUGUUUUGUUGAUAAUUUUUAUUUAUUGAAGUUUAUUUUUAAUAUCUGUCAUUUUCCCUUUCUCAGCGUCGUGCAUUGCUGCCGCACGCUGGCUUAUGUGCUGCACGAGUCCUAAUAUUUCCAUUUGUGUUAUACAGAAUAAACGAGGAUCUGCUGAAUUUUCGUAGUCUGUCUUUCGUUUAAACACAACGCAGAAAACACCGCUACAAAUGCA